CCUGAAGGCAGCACUGCCGGAGGUUCGGUCGGACUCGUCAUCUCUCGGCUUCACUCGGAGGGGGGGCACUGUUGUCAUUCGUCAGGGCUGUGAGUCGAGUUUUUGUCCAGGAGAAAUGGCUGGGAUUAAAGCUCUCAUCAGCCUAUCCUUCGGGGGGGCCAUCGGCCUCAUGUUCCUCAUGCUAGGAUGUGCCCUCCCUGUGUACGAUAAAUACUGGCCUUUGUUCCUCCUGUUCUUCUACAUCCUGUCCCCCAUCCCGUACUGCAUCUCUCGGAGGGUGGUGGACGACACAGACUCGGCCAGCAACGCGUGCAAAGAGCUGGCCAUCUUCCUCACUACGGGCAUCGUCAUCUCAGCCUUCGGCCUGCCCAUCAUCUUCGCCAGAGCUGCAGUAAUCGCCUGGGGGGCGUGUGCGCUCGUGCUAACGGGGAACGUGGUGAUCUUCAGCACCAUCCUGGGCUUCUUCAUCGUGUUCGGAUCCAACGACGACUUCAGCUGGCAGCAGUGGUAAACCAGCGGAGUCUGAACUGUUUUUAUUAGCAUUACAAUUAUUAUUAUUAUUAUUAUGGUAAAAACUGUUUGGUUCUUAUUGUUGUUAUUUAUAUGAUGACCGCCCAUCCAUUGACUCACACCAAACCAGUGCAAUACUUAGUUUCUUUUACCGCCUGCUUCAUGUUGAACUGACAAGUGGGAUGGAGAAUGCUGACUUACAGUUGGAUUUGUACUUUUAGUUUUGCUCUUGUUCAUUUUUUCUCCAUCUCUGUGUUUCAUUUGGAGCUGAUGAGCGCUGGUGAACAACUGCUUGUUUUAUCUGUGAACAAAUAUGUUAAAAUAACCCCAAUUGAAUGUGGAAUAAGACUUAAUCUGACCAAAGGGACAGGGUCAUACCUUUCUCUAUGUAGUAGAACCUCUGGAAAAGCUUUUCCUACACCAGUCUAAGUGUAAAUUGCAGAAAACUGACAGAAAAUCUGCAUCACAUAAACUCAGAUUACACCACUCAAGCUCUAUUUCCAUUUGUGUCGAAUUUGAUUCAAACUAAAAUAUCUUUUGUCACUUAAAAUGUGAUAUUCCUGUAAUAGAGUGCGGAUUUAAGUUAGCUUUGUGCUAAUGUAAUGCUACGAUCGCUAAGCUGUGAAAGUCUAGAAGCUCAGUGUGUGUUUUAGACUGUUACCGCUAACAACCCUUCUCAUCUCUACACCCUGUUACACGUUAUUCCGUUUUCUUUAUUUCUUUGGGACCAUGUUGGCAUUACACGUUGAAUCAUUUUAAUUUCUGCAAUCCAUAAAAGUCAUAAGCUGUCGCCACACAACACAAGUAGACGUUGUUCAGGAGCAGCAGGAGCAUCCUCUUUCAACUUAGACGAGGGGAUUUGUUUAAACAGCCUCAGCACCACCGCAGAGAUCAAGUUAAACCGACUAGGUGAUUUCCCAGGCUGCUUAAAUAUUCACGAGUUAUUCUGCAUAGCUGUUUCCCCACUCUAAUGUCAGGUGAAGAAAACAUGAGAAGCCACGGCUCGCGUACAGUAGUUAGGAUUAGCGAUUGAAACUGAGCCGGCUAAGAACCGGCCGACUUAUAACCAGUCACUGACGGCCGCUAAGCUUUUAAACAGGACCCUCUUAAAAUAAAAGCAUCCAGCGUCUCUGCUCAGUGUAGUUUCCUCUCUCUAGAAGCACAUCCAGAUUUGUCGCACAUUUCCUCACACCAGCAUUUCUCAUGGUUUAUGAUUUCUAUGUUCUCCGGCCUGUGGGAAGGACGUGUGUAAUACGUUGGCAGAUUACAGGUGCAGCUCUCCUGUUUCACUGCAUUAGGAAGAUAAACAAGGAAGUUAGGGUCUGGUUCCCUGUUUAAUGGAUGGUUCAGUUUGAAUAUGCGCCCUCUGGAAGACACUUUUAUUUUAUUUAAAUAAGGACUGAUGACUGACGAGAAUUUGUAUUGUGUCCAUAAUGUCAAAUUGAACAUUUGCUUUUGUUUUUAUGUGUUGUAGGCCAGCCCAGAUUUUUGUUGUUAUUGUUUCACCGUGGGUUUGCAUGCACAGCAGAUUUCCAAUACAAGUUUAAUCCUGCUACAAAGAAAAACUGUUUGCAAAAAUGACAAGUGAUGGUUUUAGAGGGAUUUGUAUUAGCUUUCACGAUAAACAGUUGUUUGUCAAGAAAUAGUUAUAGCACAAACAACAUUUGGCAUUACUGUAUCUCAAUGUCCUUAUCAAUAAACCUUAGAAAUGUUGAUAAGUGGUGUAAAAAUAAGAAUUUGAUAGCUGUUUACUAGCUUUAUGCUAAGCUAAUCGCCUCCCGGUUCUAUACUUGAAGCACAGACAUGACAAUAUCUGUCUUCUCAUCUGCAUCACAUUUGCAUGCAAUUUCUAAGGAAGAACAACAAGUACAACUCUUAAUUUAACCACAUUAUUUCUAAAAUAAAUAACAAAUUCUAUGAGAAAAGCAUUGGAAAUCUGCAGAGGAAUCCCACGGCUAAUAAAAUGCUAACUGACCCUGGGCCUGGGACUACAAUUCGGCAUUACUGUAACACUCCUCUUUAAUAUAUAUAUUUAUUCUGUUACGUGACUCUUCCAGAGAUCACCCCCUCAGUGAAGGCACUGAUUGUAUAAAAGCACCAUAAUAACCAUGGCAGCUUUUUCAUUUCCAGUUAUAUUUACCUACGUUAGUGAACAUUGAACACUACUGACAUGAUUUGUGUAAUUGUUACGUGACACUGAAUCUGAUGCUCUGAACAUCACGUCUGUUUAACGUCUGUAUGACACUGUGGAGUUUAAGCUAAAUGUGUCAAAUGUUCUCUGACUUUGUUCUGGUGUGUAGCGGUGGGACGGGUUUCUCUGUGUUCCUGUGAAGAGAAACUGAUUCGGGGAGGAUAUUGUAUUUAUUUAUUUUAAUAAGGAGGUUUGUGUCAACGAACGUCCAACGCCAUUUUCUAUCUACAAUGUUUCUGUUCAGUAGGCAGAAUUCAGCAUGUUGGUCUUCUUGGUUUUUUUUGUUUGUUUUUUUAAAUAAACGCCAUUUUUGAA